AUGAAGAAAACCCAAAGCAGCCAUUCCUUCCUCCUCCUCUUCAUCACCACCACCUUCUUCUUCACCUCAUCCAUGGCCGCUUCCUCCCCCAAGAAAACACCCCUCACACCAUGCAAGAAACUCGACCUCUACUUCCACGACAUCCUCUACGACGGCCACAACGCCGCCAACGCCACCUCCGUCAUCGUCGCCAGCCCCGUCGCCGGCUCCUCCAGCUCCGGCACCCGCACCUCCCUCUCCCCGAACUUCCACUUCGGCGACAUGAUCAUCUUCGACGACCCCGUCACGUUGGACAAGAACAUCCGCUCCAAGCCCGUGGGCCGGGCCCAAGGAUCGUACAUCUUCGACGCCAAGUCCACGUACUCGGUGUGGCUGGGCUUCGCGUUCGUGCUCAACAGCACGGACUAUAAAGGCAGCAUCACGUUCGCUGGGGCCGAGCCCGUGACGCUGAAGACACGUGACGUGCCGGUGGUCGGCGGGACGGGGGAUUUCUUCAUGCACCGUGGGAUUGCGACGACGACCGACGAGGUCGUGGACGGGCAUCUUUGUGUUGGGGUUCAUGUCAAGUUUUACGAGUGUUACUAG